GUCACCUCGCUGCGCGGCUCCCCUGCCCUCCAGCCUGCCUAGGGAGGGCUCCUGCCAGCUAGGGUCCGCCGAGAGCCACUUUCUGCUGGAUUUGCUUUGGGAUUGUACCGGCUUCAGAGAGCUGGGAGAGCUGCCAUUCCCACAGGAGGGUCCAUUCCAGCCUGAGAGGGGACCUGGCAGGCACGCUACAAGGUCAUUCCCUCUCCCCCUGGGGCCGUGUGCCAGGCUGGCUGUUGGAUGUGAAGACACGCUGGAGAAGACCACAAUGCUGCCUACAAGUGCUGGCCACCGGUGGAGGAGCAGGUUCCUCAUGAGGUGGCAGGAGGCUUGUCUGCUUGGCUGCUGGCUCUCACUGUGUGCUGCUGAGUCCUUCUUUGCUUGUCCAUCCUCCUGCAAGUGUAACAGUGGCAACCUGGAAGUGGACUGUAGUGGCUUGGGCCUCUCUUCCAUUCCCUCAGACAUCCCCACAAACACCAGGACCUUCCUCUUUCUCAACAACAAACUCAGCAUCCUGCCAGGAGCAGUGUUUUCCAACCUCUCUGCUCUGCAGAGGCUGGAUCUAUCCAACAACUUCUUGGACCAGCUCCCUCAGAACAUCUUCAGUGACCUGGGGAACCUCACAGAGCUCCAGCUGAGGAACAACAGCAUCCGGGCCUUGGACAAGGACCUGCUGCAGCACACGGCCCUGCUGCGCCAGCUGGACCUCUCCAUCAACGGCUUGGCCCAGAUCCCUUCGGGCAUCUUCGACGACCUGCCCGCUCUCCGCUCCCUCUCCCUCAGGUCCAAUCGCCUGCAGAGCCUGGACAGGGUGACCUUUGAGCCUCUAACCAGCCUGCAGCAGCUCCAGGUUGGGGAUAACCCCUGGGAGUGCGACUGCAACCUCCGAGACUUCAAGCACUGGAUGGAGUGGUUCUCCUACCGAGGUGGGAAAAUCGACCAGCUGGCCUGCACCUUGCCCAAGGAGCUGAAAGGAAAGGACAUGCGAAUGGUGCCCAUGGAGAUGUUCAACUACUGCUCCCAGCUGGAUGACGAGAACAGCUCCACAGUGCUGGACAAUACUGGCCCACCUUGCACUAAAGGAAGCCCUGCUCCUUCCAAAUCUAAAUCAGGCCCAGAAACAGAAGUGGAGCCCAGUGUGGGAUGCCCUCAGAAACAGCGGUACAGGCCUGUGAGCGUGCGCCGGGCCAUUGGCACUGUGAUCAUUGCGGGCGUGGUUUGUGGCAUCGUUUGCAUCAUGAUGGUGGUGGCAGCUGCCUAUGGCUGCAUCUACGCCUCCCUCAUGGCCAAGUACCACCGGGAGCUGAAGAAGAGGCAGCCGCUCAUGGGGGACACAGAAGGCGAACAUGAAGAACAAAAACAAAUCUCUUCUGUGGCGUGAAACCGUUCUAGGAAGGAAGGGACAGCGAUGAAAAAAGGUACCUGAGAGCAGUCUAGCAUGGGGUCCUCCCAAAAUACAUCUUCCCAGACAGACUGUGCUAUUGCUCCACUCACCCAAGUAGUACAACAUGCUUCUGGGGGGUCAGGGCACCUGGCUCAAUUUCUUUUCCUCUGCCCCAGGCCCAUUUUGUGCCCUUUCACCCUUGGGCCUUCCCAGACAAAUAAAGUAGAGUCAGACCUCGAGUGCUUGCUGUGCCUCAUGCCCUUGCACAGAGCUUCCCUCACAUGCCUGCUGCAAAGGCAGCUGGCACCUUCUGGGAACCUGUGUCAUCCUCUCAGCUUCGGCCCUGAGUCGUCCUGUAUCCUGUCAAGAGCUGUCUGCAAACAGAGAGCAGCUGUGGGAAAGCCCACGUGGGGAGCAGGACACCACAGGUGUCCAUGCCUCACCCUUAGGUCACUGCUGUUGUGUGACACUAAGUUGCUGCCUACCCUACAAAUCAGUGCUGCCAAGAUUACAUCAGCAGGGAGGCAAGGUCCCUACGGUAGGGCAAC